AUGGCGCCGGUGAGCGAGCAGCUGGAGCCGCAGGGCGCGGGGGCAGACCCCGCCGCCGCCGCCGCGACCCCCCUGCCCGGCCCGCCGGCGGGCGAGGAGCCACGGCGGGAGAACGGCGGCGAGUGGCGCCCCGGGAGCGGCGAGAGCGGGGCCCAGCCCCCGGCGGCCCCGGCAGAGGAGGCCCCCGGCAGCCCGGGCUGCACCGGGAGCGCUGCGGCGCCGGAGCCCCCCGAGGGCGGCUGGGGCUGGGUGGUGAUGCUGGCCGCCAUGUGGUGCAACGGCGCCGUCUUCGGCAUUCAGAACUCGUGCGGGGUCCUCUUCGUCUCCAUGCUCCGGCUCUUCGGCAGCAGCGACGACAAGCAGCUGGUCUUCAAAACAGCGUGGGUGAGCUCUCUUUCCAUGGGAAUGGUCUUCUUCUGCUCCCCAAUAGUCAGCAUAUUCACAGACCUGUUUGGCUGUCGAAAAGUAGCUGUUAUUGGAGCUGCAGUAGGGCUUGUUGGGCUCCUUUCAAGUUCUUUUGUAAGCACCAUUGAACCUCUGUAUUUCACCUACGGGAUCGUGUUUGCCUGUGGCUGCUCCUUUGCCUACCAGCCCUCCCUGGUCAUCCUCGGGCACUACUUCAAGAAGCGCCUGGGACUGGUGAAUGGCAUUGUCACCGCGGGCAGCAGCCUGUUCACAGUGUCACUGCCCUUCCUCCUCAGGGUCCUCCUCGACUCUGUCGACCUCUUCAACACCUUGAGGGUCCUCUGCAUCCUUAUGUUUGUGCUCUUCCUGGCUGGAUUUACGUACAAACCUCUUAUUCCCAACACCAAAGACAAGGAGGGAGGAAAGAAGGGAAAAUUCAAAUUACCUCCUGCGAAAAAGAUUUGCAAUUUCUCCGUUUUCAAAGUUCUCAGCUACCGAAUCUGGGCUUUAGGGAUUCCAGCUGCACUUUUUGGAUACUUUGUGCCUUAUGUUCACUUGAUGAAUCAUGUAAAAGAGAGAUUUGGUGACAGCGUGCCAGAAGAAGUGCUUCUGCUAUGUCUGGGCAUUACUUCAGGAGUUGGCAGAUUGAUCUUUGGCAGAGUUGCAGAUUAUAUUCCUGGUGCAAAAAAAAUCUAUCUACAGGUGGCCUCAUUCUUUUUUAUUGGGCUGAUGUCUAUGAUGAUUCCACUGUGCAAUGUCUUUGGAGCUCUCGUUGCUGUCUGUCUCUUCAUGGGCCUGUUUGAUGGGUGCUUCAUUUGCAUUAUGGCUCCUAUUGCCUUCGAGCUCGUUGGGGCUCAGGACGUCUCCCAGGCCAUCGGGUUCCUGCUUGGACUCAUGUCAGUGCCUAUGACAGUUGGUCCACCCAUUGCAGGUUUGCUGCGGGACAAGCUUGGCACCUACGACGUGGCGUUUUACCUGGCUGGAGUCCCUCCCCUCAUUGGGGGAGCGAUCCUGUGCUUCAUCCCCUGGGUCCACGAGCGGCAGAAGUUGAAAGCGAGAGCAAAACCUGUUGAUGGAGAAACUACUGAGAAAAUGCUGGAAAAUGAAAGCACUUUGGUGUCGGACACGACAGAAAAGCCAGCCAAAGAACUGGAUUCUGGCUUUUGAUGCUUUUUUUUCUUUUCCCUAUACCAUCCUGACCUCCUCCUACAGAAACCAGAUUUCUACUUGUUGGCUGAAGAUACUGAAGUCUUGAACUAUUGCUCAAAUUGCAGAACUGCUACAAGAAUCUUUUAUACCAUUGACCUUUUUUGACAAGUCUUUGAAUUUGAUUUCAAGCCACAUUUUCAAGGUAUUUGAAGUUUUGUAGCUUUAGUGUGUACGUGCGUAGUGAUUCUGUGUGUGAAGAGAAUAUUUUUCUAAUCCAUCAGAACUGAUUUCUGGAAAUGUGAAAGCUGUUUUUCCUUCACUGACCCAGGGUUCUUCAAUGAUGUCUAUGAUCCAUCCUCUGCAGGCAUGCCCCUGGGUGUUUAUACUGGAUAAUGUAGUAGCUCUUAUGACUGAUCUGUUUUAUUGAAGUUUAUCAUGCUGUUUACAGUCUUCUGUAAUUCUCUAUCAUGAACACAAAUAUGCAUCUUUUUGCUGAAAUGAUUGUUUCAUUAGAAAGCUAAAUUAUUAUACAACUGUUGAAACACUCACUUGUGUUUGCAUUCACCUUUCACAGUAGCCCAAAGAACAUUAAGGAUGGCAUUUUUGAUGGGCUCAGGUUUUGAAUGUGUCCAAACCAAGCUCCAAGUGCAAACACGUUCAGAAGUUAAGCUGCUGAAUAAUAGAUUUUUUUAUUGUUACUAUUAUUAUUGUUAUUAUUAUUAUUAUUAUUUGGUGAAGGCAAUACCCUUAAGAUGUAUGUUUAUAAAUCUUUUUUCAGGCAAACCUCAGAGUAGUGGAUAGUUUUGAAACUGUACUGACUAAUUCUUUGGAGCAGUAUUGUGAAUUAGACUAAAUUUCAAAUUUUUCUGUUGUACUUCUUAGGAUUUCUUUUUUUGUUGUUCGCAAAACCAAGACAGCUUUAAAGGAUACAUUCUAAGUGCAAUACCAAGUUGUUUUUAAUGUGGAAAUAUACAUGAGCUAUUAAAACAACAUUCAGCAAUUCAAGAUUUUUGCACUAUGUGAACAUGCAGGUUUAUUACAGGUCUUUAUAGCUGUGCUCAACUGCCUGUAGAUUAUACGGCUCCGUAUUUUUUUCAAAUAUAAAGAAAUGCCUUUGCAUGUCCUAUUUCUUUCUUAACACCCUAAACUAAUAGCCCC